UCAAUUUCCCUGCAGAGGAAUCUUCUAGUCUUCUUCAAGGGGAAGUGAAAGGCAACAGCAAGAUUGCUGCUUCCUCUGAGGCUCUCCUAAACAUCUUCAUUCAGAAAAUCAUGCCCAAGUUCAAGCAACGAAGAAGAAAGCUAAAAGCCAAAGCAAAAAGAUUAUUCAAAAAAAGAGAAGCCUCUCACUUUCAGCCCAAGCUAAUUACCCCUCCUCCUCCGCCACCCUCACCAGAAAGAGUGGUUAUUCCUUCAGCAGAUACAUCCCUUAGCAGAAGCUGGCUAAGACCAUCCUGGAACUUCAGAUUUCCCAAUAUCAAAGAUACUGUAAAACUUUGGACAAAUAGAAUGUGGUCUAUAUACCACUGGUGCCAGAACUGCAUGGCCCAGAGUUUAGAAGUAUUGAAAGACACCAUCUUUCCAUCCCGUUUCUGCCACCGAGAACUUCACAGUCUAAAACAACGGUUUUGCGUUUUGGAAAGUGAAUUAUGCAAGCUCCAGGAAACACUGAAGACUGUCUCUGAAAAAUCUUCCUGCCCAAGCUGUGGUCAAACAUUUACAAAUGUGCCCGCCUGUGUGCUAACCACCCUUGGAGAAUCUCGAGCUGUACUUCCUCCCACGCUGCCGCAGCCAUCCAGCCACCUUCCACCUGUGCCUCCACCACCACCCCCCCCACCUCCUCCUCUGCCUCCGCCACCACCACCUACAGCACCUGUGCCGCUCAGAAGAUCUGAUCGCACUAAAGCACUUCAGGCUGGACCAUUAAAAAAAGAGGGACCCAUGCAGAUAACAGUUGAAGAUCUACUGACUGUGAAAUUAAAGAAGACACAGUGUUUUGAUGAAAGGAAGAAGCUUGUACCAUCACCAAAGGCACAGAGUCCACUAGUUACUGUCUCUGACCUGCAGCGUGUCACCCUGAAGCCCAACUCCAAAGUGCUAUCAACUCGAGUUACAAAUGUCUUGAUUACCCCUGGUAAAAGCCAAAUAGAUCUGCGGAAACUACUUAGAAAAGUUGAUGUAGAGAGGAGCCCAGGUGGAACCCCACUUACCAAUAAAGAAAAUAUGGAAACAGGAACUGGGCUGACUCCAGUAAUGACCCGGGCCUUGAGGAGAAAGUUUCAGAUGGCUCACCCUAGAAGCCCAACUCAAACCCUGCCACUUUCUACAAGCAGCUUUGAUGAACAAAACUGAUGCCAACUCUGCCUGACACCACAUGAUGAUCCAUAAAAUACACAGAUAAAAUCACCCCAACCCUUUUUUUUAAUGUAGUAGGGUGUGUAUAAAUAAUUAUACUAAUAUGUAAUUCCAUUUGAAGAAUUAAAGUAUGUACGGAGCCCCCAUACACACUGUGGUAUAAAGUGGGUAUUUGGAGGGCACCUGGGUGGCUCAGUUGGUUAAG